AAUUGAACCCACCUCAACCUUUCAACCUCACACUCCCAAACCAAAAAGCCACAUGUCUCAACUCUAAACACUACGGCCAUUAAAACCGCUACCACCACCACAACAACCCCCGAUUCCUCACCUACCACGCAGAAGAAAAUGGACACAACGAUCCAAACCAGCCUCCGCACGCUUGAAUCCGCGCUCAACGCCCUCCUCACAACCCUAACCACCUCACCGACCGCGUCGGGCGCCCCCACCGCAGCACUGAACCUCCUCGCAGCCGACGACACCCUCACCUCCUCGAUCGACCUGCUCCGCGUCCACCAAGCCAACUACGCGCGCCUGCUGCACCUGCGCGCCGAGGCGCAAUCCCUCGAAGAGAAAGUCCGGGGCAUCGUGCGCGAGGUCGUAGACUACGAAGAGCAGGCGCGGGGUGUGUGCGGUGACUCGGAUAGUGAUUCGGAUAGUGAUUCAGAUUCUGACUCGGAGGAGGAUUCGGAGGAAGACGAGGAGGAGGAUGAGAUUGCGCUUGUGGGCGCGGGCGAUGGGGAUAUGGAGAUGCGGGAUGCGGAGCGAAAGAAGAAGAAGGAGCUGCGCGGCGUGAAGGAGGUCGACUAUAAGCUUUUGCUGGAUUUUGCGCGCCGUAUCAGCAAGUAUAACCAUCAGGCGGCCGCGGAUGCCGCUGCUGGUGUUGAGGAGAGGUUGGCGAGACGGCAUGAGGCGGCUCAGGAUGCGGAGAUGGGGGGGAUGGGGGCUACAACGACCCAGGGUACUGCUGGGGGCUCAGGGACAGGCGGGACGAAUGGCGAUACGAAUGCCGAGCCCGUCGCCGAAGUGACGAAGGGGGCUACGUCGUGGUUGGAUGAGAGUGCGAAUUUGGCGAGGCAGGUGUAUAUGUUGCCUUACCCGAUGGAGGAUCGGAUUCGCAUGGGCUUGAUGGGGCAGAUUCAGCUGGCGGCUGCCGAGGGUAGGCCGGGUUUCGAGGUCGAUCGCGAGGUCGAGAGGUUGAUUCGCGAGGCGGAGGGCUGGGGCGUUGCGAGCCCUGUGCCUGCGCCGGCUGGGGAUGUCGGGGAGCAGGUCAGACAUGCGGGUGAGGCGGCCAGGGCGGCGGCGUUGGCUGGGUCGACUGCCGCGAGUGGUGGUAGUGGUUCUGCUAGGCCGGUUGCUGCGCCGCCGCAGCCGUCGAAGCCAAAGGCUACCUUGGAUUUGGAUCUGUAUGAUCCCGAUGAGGAUGAUGAGUGAUGUAGACUUGAAGACUUGAUUGAGGGUGACAGCUGGUCUGUCAUGAUGAUUUACACGAAAUGCAAUCUAAUACCCGGCAUGUCUAGUCCUGCAAUCUAUCAUGCAUGGACGACUCCGCCGUCUACUUCCUGCAUCGGUUUUCAUA